AUGGCGAGACUUCAGAUUUCCGAGGACAUGACAUUUGAUAGGAAGACGUGGAGGUCGAGUAUUAAGCCGCUUGACGCGCAAAGAGAUCGAGAAUCGCAUUCCCUUAUCAAUGCCUUACAACUUAUAGGGAUGUCAUCAUGCCUAGAUCUUUCUGGAUUUUUUGAGAAAGAGGACAUUUCUGAGAGGAAGAGCAGAUUUACAUCAAAUCUCUUACCAAAACAGUUGCUGGACAGGGUUGAGAAUACAGUAACCCAAAUGGGAUUUCAAGUCCAAAAAAGAUAUGGAAGGUUGAAAGUGUUACAAGAGUACAGAGGACAAAAAUGCCCGACUACUCUCUCAGUAGUCGCAGAGGUAUUCGAGAUUAGCCCAUCCUUGUAUGUCGUAGAGUUACAAAAGUCUUCAGGGGAUUCAACAGUAUAUAGACAG